AUGGCACGCUUGAGCUUCCUGCUCGUCGGUGCCCUUUCAGCCCUCAGCGGCUUCGCCACCGCAAGCUCCGCAGUGAAAGACCUACUCCCCACCAACUUCGACGAGGUCGUUCUGAAGUCUGGCAAGCCCGCGCUGGUCGAAUUCUUUGCUCCCUGGUGCGGCCACUGCAAGACCCUUGCCCCUAUCUACGAGGAGCUUGCCCAGACCUUCGCCUUCGCCGAAGACAAGGUCACCAUCGCCAAGGUUGAUGCCGACGAGAACCGCUCGCUGGGCAAGCGCUUCGGCAUCCAGGGUUUCCCCACAGUCAAAUGGUUCGAUGGAAAGAGCGAUAAGCCCGAGGAAUACAAGGGUGGCCGUGAUCUCGAGAGCUUGUCCGCCUUCAUCACCGAGAAGACCGGCGUCAAGCCCCGUGGCGCGCAGAAGGAGCCCAGCAAGGUGGAGAUGCUGAACGAUGCUACUUUCAAGACUGUCAUUGGUGGCGAUAAGGAUGUCCUGGUCGCUUUCACUGCGCCGUGGUGUGGACACUGUAAGACCCUCGCCCCUGUCUGGGAGACCCUCGCCAAUGACUUCGCUCUUGAGUCCGGUGUUGUUAUUGCUAAGGUUGAUGCUGAAGCUGAGAAUGCCCGUUCCUUGGCCAAGGCCCAGGGCGUUACCGGAUACCCUACCAUCAAGUUCUUCCCCAAGGGCUCGACCGAGCCCGAGGCUUACGCCGGCGCCCGCUCUGAGGAGGCCUUCGUCAAGUUCGUUAAUGAGAAGGCCGGUACACACCGUGCCGUCGGUGGCGGUCUUGAUGACACUGCCGGCACCAUCGCCGCAUUGGACGAGAUUGUUGCUGAGAAUGUCGCAGCAAGCAAGUUCGAGGACCUUGUCGCUGAGGUCAAGAAGGCUGCUCAGGGUCUGCAGGACAAGUACGCUGAGUACUAUGUCAAGGCUGCCGAGAAGCUGAGCAAGAACCAGGGCUACGCUGCUAAGGAGCUCACCCGUCUCCAGAAGAUCCUGGCUAAGGGUGGCUCUGCUCCCGAGAAGCUGGAUGAUAUCCUUUCUCGCAGCAACAUUCUCCGUAAAUUCAUUACCAAGGAGAAGCACGAUGAGCUUUAA